AUGAUUUGGACCAGCAGACAAGAGAUUGUCAAGGAAUAUCAUCCUUCUGCUAUUUUAGAUCCUCAGAUCUUGCCUCUCAGAGAUUUUUUAGCUGACAGCACAAGCAAGCAGAGUUCACUUUUUGAUAGCCACCCUUGGCAUCCAUUUUCAUCUCAGUUGGAUUUUGAUUUAGCAGAAUUCAUUUUGCGUACAGGCAUGAAUCACCAAGCACGCAGUGAUUUUUUCAGCAUCAUUGACCGAUGUGGAGGCAGUCAAUCAACAGAAUUCACUAUCCGGAAUGAGAAUGAUCUUGCAGAAGCAUGGUCACGGGCAGAGAAUUUGUUUACCAAGUUCAAAAAGGAAACAAUAUCAGUUCCAUAUAAAAAUGAAGUUCGAAAUUAUGAUGUCCACUACCGACCAUUAUGGGAUUGGACACUUGAUUUGUUACGGGAUAAAGAUCUUGCACCACAUUUUGUAUGGGAUGCAGUUCAUUUAUUUCGGGAAGAUAAAAAUGGCAUUCGAACAUGGUUUUUUAAUGAACCAUGGUCAGGAAAUAUAUUUUGGGAAGUUCAAAGUUCUCUUCCUCCUAAUGGAAAACCUUUAGCAUAUAUUUUGUAUGCUGAUAAAUCACGUUUAUCUUCAUUUGGUACUGCCAAAGGCUAUCCAAAUUUUGGUGGAGGUUGUGUGGUUGGAUGGCUUCCAAUUGUUGAAGAAGAAGAAGAUCAUAAAGGAAAGCCAUCAUGGAUCAAUUUCAAGCGAGUUGUCUGGCAUGAAGCUUUUCGGAAAAUUCUAGGAUCUCUUGCACAAUAUUCUCGCAGUGGUUAUGCCUUUCAACCACCAAAUUCAGACAAAGUUAUAAUCUUAUAUCCUUUUAUUCUUAUUCUCUCUGCUGAUUAUGAGGAACAUUGUAUGAUGACAUUGACCAGAGGUGGCAGAGCAAAUUAUCCCUGUCCAGUCUGCUUGAUACCAUUGACAAAUCUAUCAGAUCUUUCAAUAACAUAUCCAUUACGGACAACUGAGUCUAUGAAAGAGAUAUAUGAUAGAGCUUGUUUGCUUAAUGCAGAUCAAGCAGAAGAACUUUUGAAAUUACAUGGUCUCCAUAAAGUACCUAACAUCUUUUGGGAAAUAGAACGAUCUAAUCCCUAUCGUGCUGUAUCUUGGGACAGACUACAUGCUUUCCAAAUUGGAUUAUUUGAUCAUCUGCUGUCACGGCUCAUUGAGCAUGUAGAUAGAUUCAAGGGCCGAGAUGCUAAAGUUAAAAUUGAUGAAGUGAAUCUUACCCAUUUCACAUCCGUUUUUUCUUUUGACUUUGCUGAUGGAAAGAAAUAUGAACAUAUGUCACGACAAAUCCUUUUUGCUGCUCAAGCAGUUUUAACAAAGGCUGCGGAUCCUGCUGGUUAUUUGCUUCUUAAAUGUAUUCGAAGUCAUUUAGAAUUGGAUGUGUAUGCAGCAAUGGAUGUGCAUACUGAAGAUACGAUAAAGGCUGGACAAUCAAUAAUGCAAGUUUUUGGGGAGAGAAUGAAGGACAGUGAUUUUCAAAAUCCAACACAUUGGGAUAUUCCAAAAAUGCAUACACAGCAACAUCUAUUCAGUGAUAUUCAAGGAAAAGGUGUAACAAAAAAUUAUAACACCAAGAUCAACGAAAGUAUGCAUGGACCACUUAAAAAGGCAUAUCAAAUACAAACAAACUUUAAGAAUGUUGCUGAUCAAAUUCUUCAAACUGACCAUCGGUACAAUGUUGCUAUGCAGAUUCGGCAAAAGGUGGAUCGAUGGAAAAAGCAUACAAAGUACAAAUCUGAUUUGCUCAAUGCAGAUGAUGAUCUACCUGAAGAAAAACAUUUCACUAUUGAAACUCAUAAAGCAUAUCUACAUAGUCCUAAAAAGACAUCAAAAGAUCCUAGCACAUUUUCUGAGCUAGAGAAUGCAUUUUCUCAUGAUUUAGCUUAUGAUUGGUUUCGAAUUCGUCUUGGAGGUUUCAUGACAGGAUUUCUGAAUCGAGUAUCAGAAGGAUGUAUUGCAAAAGGAAAAAAAAUUCAUUAUUCUCCUAAUGACAAGGCUAAAUUAAUUCAACUCUUUGAGUGUGAAUUUAAUGAACAGAAAUAUCCAUUGGCAUUAGUUCAUCCCUAUGAUGCUCCUGUAACUGAUGGUCAUCUACGUUGGAAGCAUCAAAGAGAUAAAGAUUUAGGAUUUUAUCGAGUUCGUGCAUGCCCAUGA